AUACAAAAAAACCCAUGAUAAAUAUAUUGCCUUUUCAAUCUUGUUUGGAUGUUCAAAUCCUCAUUUUCACUAUUCCUCUAAAUUGGGGCAAAUGGGAGAGGGAAAAAGUUGUAAUGAGUUAUGGUAGGGUAGCUUGUAAUCGUCAGGACAAGCCUCUAUGCCAUAAACGAAAGAGAGCUACAUAUGAUGAUGACUUGGGCAAAGAUGGAGUCAAGUCUGCUGUAAUGGAGAGAGCAAGGGAGGUUCAAGCUAAUUUAUCGACUGAAUUUCCAAGCUUCAUUAAGCACUUGCUUCAGUCUCAUGUCACCAAAGGAUUUUGGCUGGGUAUUUGCAGGAGAUUCAGCCAGAUCUAUUUGCCAAAGCAAGAUACAGUGAUGAUAUUGGAAGAUGAAAAUGGUAAAGAGUUUGAAACAAAAUAUCUAGCGGGAAAAGCUGGCCUUAGUGCAGGCUGGAGAUGGUUUUCCAUUGCACACAAAUUAUUGGAAGGAGAUGUUGUGGUUUUCCAUUUGGUCGAACGCUUAAAAUUUAAGGUGUAUAUUGUGAGAUGCAAUGGUUAUGAUGAAGUAGAUGGUGCUCUUGGCCUUCUCAAGUUAGAGGCUUGCAACAAACCAGCAGCCCUUGAGAAGGAAGUAGAGAUUCAUGAGGAAAUGGCAGAUAUGUCUUUGGAGGAGAUGAUGCUUGCACCUGACAUUUCUGAAGAGAACAAUAAAAAUGUUAGCUUGAUGUCUAAUGGCACUAAUAUGGCGCCUGUCUCACAUCAUUCUGAAAAUGACAGUGAGAAUCUUGUCUCUGAGGUUAUGGAUGGAAUUAUGUUAUCAGAUUCUGUUGUGGACUUCAAAGAUGUGAAAAGCAUCAAGGAUUUUACUAUUCUUGUGAAUGGAUUGAUCAUUAACUCUGGGCUUAGCAAAUACCUUCAGACUAAGUAUUAUGAGCUCUGCUGCAGUCAGAAUUCAUUCCUUCAUGACCAUCUUCUUGAGGGACUCAACUGUAAACUGGCAGCUGGAGUAAUUGCUGAGACCAUCAACAUAGCUGAUGCAAUAAGAGCUUCUAAACUUAACACCUCGGAGGACAAUUUUUUGACUUGGGAUAAAACAUUAAAAGCUUUUGAGGUUUUAGGCAUGAAUGUUGGGUUUUUACAAGUGCGGUUGCACCAAUUGACAAAACUUUCUUUGCAAUCAAAGAGGUGCCGUGAAGCAAAAUAUGAAUGGGAUAUUGCAGAGGAGGAGAAGAGAAUGCUCGAAUCAAAGCUUUUCGAAGUGAAUGAGAAGCUAAACGUGCUUGAUACUGAAAUUAAGACACUGGAGGUGAAUCCUGAUAGCCUUGAGAUUAUGUUCGAAGAAGCAGCUAAAGCUCCAUGGUGAUGGCAGGUACUUGAGUAGGUAGCUCAUAGUUUUUUCUUUUGCUAAUAGAAGGUAAUAGUCUUUUGUGGAGGGAAACAGGUCAGAGUUCUUUGCUGAGUGCCUGCCUGGGAGAAGUACUUUUUGGAUACACCAGGAUAUCUGGCUCUUUUGUGGAUUCACUAAGGUCAGCAGAAAUAUAAUGAGAAGAAAAUAGUGCAUAUCAUCCUUAUUUUGCUUCGACUAAGGGAAGAUAUUCGGCAAUCUAACAUGAGAAAGUAUGUAGAGUCACCGAUGGAAGUAAAUUCUGCAUACUUUC